AUUCUCGUCGAUGGCUACACUAGUUUAGAUAGGAAUAUCAAUUCGUUAAUAUCUACUGGUCCGAGCCCGUGACACUAGCGCCACAAAACAAGCUGGAGUUCUUUUCUACUAAGGACUGGGAGCCACAUUGGCAUGUAUGAUACAGAAAGAGCCUUGAGGAGUAUCUUAUUCCCUAUCAGCAGCGCUAUUCAGAGACACAGUCCAUAUCAAAUGCCCGAUCUUCAACAAGGGGGAUCUCUGAUGUUGAUAUUCUUGUGACAUCAGCUGCAUCUCUACGACCGCAAAAAACCACUCAUGAUGAGCUUUCACGGUAUCUGGGAAGUAUGAACCUGCGGAUCUACUGGAAGGAUCAUCUGCAUGAAUAUCCCAUCCUUGCAAGCCUAGCACGAGAUGUUCUCACAAUACCCGCUAGCAGUUCUGGUGUUGAGCGGUUAUUCAACUCUGCUUGUGAUAUCUGUCACUAUCGCCAAGGCUCACUGAAAUCCAAAACAAUCAAGGAGCUUAUGUUGUUUAUGUGUACAACCAAGUUCAACAUGGAAUCAGAACAGCUUUGUCCCAUAGAUGAGUAUCUCACUACUCAAGAGACACAAGCAGCAAUAGAGGAAAAGGAUGCUUGGAAAGCAGAGAAUGAGUUUAAUCCAAUCAGUGAUGAUGAGGAUGAACCUUCAGUGGCCACAUCUCAAAUCGUCCAACUGGUUAGUGAACAUGUGCUUGGGAAAAGA